CAGUCAGUCAGUCAGUUAGCGGCCAGACAUUCGCCAGUGCAGAUCGCGGAUCGCACCGAUCGUUCCGAUCCACCAGGUGUGUUCCAGUCCACGGUAGUGGCUGUGGUGUCAGCAAAUUCCACCAGAGAACUUAGCCUCGUCCUCGUGUUAUCUAGUCUAGCUUGAUUGCGGACGACCGGGAACACAGAAAGCGUGUUUUGUGAACGUGAACGUGAAUGGUGGAUACUAGACCGCGGUCAGCGCACCAGUACACGAAGUGCCAAGAGACAGGCCGGUUGCCAUAAGCUAUAGGCGCCAGUUAACCACAUCUCCGGGAGAACGGGGCUUCGUAGUAAUCGAAACCGCUUCGCACCAAACGCAGCCAGUUCCGCGCCAUAAAGAAGCAGCAACAGAAGCAAUAGUGCCCGGGUAGCCGGGUUUGAUUGGAACGGGAAGACGACCAUCACCAUCACCAGAAGACGCCCGGUUGGUUUGUUGUGGCCCACCAGCAUACUCGACUCGACCGGCGCGCUCGGCUCGUACGCUAUCGAGGGAGCGAGAGAGAAAGAGAGAGAGAGAACAAGAGUGACGUUGAUCAGAUAAAAUGUAAUUGCUUUAUUUUGUUCCGAGUUAUCGCACUAAGAGAUCGUCGGAAGCGCACCGAUCGCUGUGGUCUGUGACCAAACUCCACUUCAGAUAUCGUUCAGUUUCUCAUGCGUGUGCCGUGUGCCGUGUGUGUCAGUGUGGUUCUACCUUCUUAAAGGCGCCGAUUUAAACGAUUGGUAGAAGGGCCAUCUGAGCGGCCAGCGUACGAUAGCACUGAUUCACUGUCAGUGUCAUUCCAGUUCUCUCAAGGUCGCAAAGAACCGGGUAUGGACGCCAGCAUGAUGGGGAAGAGGAUCACGAUCGUCACGAUGGUGGCGCUGCUGAUAUCUGGGCCCACCUUCGCUGAACCCCAGACCACGGAGAGUCCACACAUCGUGUUUAUCAUGGCGGACGAUAUGGGCUUAAAUGAUGUCGGAUUCCACGGAUCGAACCAAAUCCCGACGCCCAACAUUGACGCACUGGCCUAUGAUGGUAUCAUUCUGAAUCGGCAUUACUCCGCCCCGAUGUGCACACCAUCCCGGGCGGCAUUAAUGACCGGUCGGCAUCCGAUGAACGUUGGUAUGCAGCACUACGUCAUCGAUAGCGAUGAACCGUGGGGUCUGGGAUUGCAGGAGAAGCUACUACCACAGUACUUCCGAGAGGCCGGCUACCGGACGCAUCUGAUCGGCAAGUGGCACCUGGGGUUCUACGCUGAACCGUACCUACCAACGAACCGAGGCUUCGAUACGCACAUCGGUUACCUCGGCCCGUACAUCGACUACUGGAGCUACAUCUCGAAGAUGGACAGUGCCACCUUCGAGGGGUACGAUCUACGGCAAAAUCUGGCCGUCAACUACAAACCGAAUGGGACGUACGCGACGGAUUACUUCACCGAGGCGGCCGUGGAGAUCAUUCGCUCGCACAACCGGACCGGCGAGCGGAUGCUUCUCGUCUUAAACCACCUCGCACCACACACGGGUAACGAUGAUGCACCGCUGCAGGCUCCCGAGGAAACGAUCGAGAAGUUCGCGUACAUCCGGGAUACCGAUCGACGGACGUAUGCCGCCAUGAUGUCGAAACUGGAUGAUAGUGUAGGGCAGGUGUACCGGGCCUUGCAGCAGCACGGUAUGCUCGAGAACUCGAUCAUCGUGUUUAUCAGCGACAACGGGGGAGUUACGCGCGGUAUGCACAGCAACAGUGGUUCCAACUAUCCACUCCGUGGUCAAAAGCAUUCCCCCUGGGAAGGAGCGGUCCGUACAGCUGCCCUUAUCUGGAGUCCACUGCUGAAGGACCGGCAACGGGUCUCGAACCAGUGGUUCCAUAUCUCGGACUGGCUCCCGACACUGGCAUCGGCUGCCGGUAUUCCAGCGUACCGGGGCGACAACCUAAGCGACAUCGAUGGUAUCGAUCAGUGGGAAGCGUUGGCCUAUGGAACCGGGAAUCCUCGGCAGCGCGUGAUGAAUAAUCUGGACGAAAUCUUCGGUUACACCAGCUACGUGGAUAAUGGGUUGAAGUACGUGAAUGGUACGACCCUGGAUGGGGUUAACGAUGGGUGGUACGGUGCGAUCGAUGACACCGAUACGCUGCCCUCGAACGCAGAGUAUCUGCGCACCGUUAUGGCGAGUCACGUCGGCCGGUUGACCAAGCCGGACGAGAAGGUCGUAUCGUACUUGCGGGAGCACGCCCGCAUCGACUGUGGCAACGACAUCGGUAACCGUGACUGUAAUCCGCUCCGGAGGCCUUGCCUGUUCGAUAUCAUCAACGAUCCGUGCGAGAUGCACGAUCUGUUCGAGCGGUAUCCGGACAAGGUGCGCCAGAUACAGGAACGCGUCGAGAAGUACCGGUUGAGGGCGGCCAAACCACGCAACCGGCCCCAUGAUCCGGCGGCGGAUCCGAGCAAAUUCGGUGGCGUCUGGAACUGGUGGCGAACGGAUCCGUCCCGGUCGGAUCUGAACGCGGCGGCCGACGAAGCACAUCCGAUACCACCGCCAUCGCACUCCCUGCCCAAGGACACGCAGCUCAUUGUAAUUAUCCCGAUCGUUGUCCUGUGUGUGAUCUUUGUAAUUGGUACCUUAAUUUAUCUUUCGAACAAAAACGUCAUUAAACUGUGCCGACGCAGGACCAAGCAGAGCUCGGCCAACAUGCCCAGCGAGAUCCCAACCACCAGCCACGAGACCACCACCACGGGCAGCAGCGCGACUGCUGGUGGUGCCGGUGGUAAACCGAAUCCGACCGAGGCCGUCUUUAGCUCGAAUAUCUACGUCAUUAGCGAUAGGGAUAUGGACCGGUGAACGGGGCCAUCGCGAACCGUGUUCGGUAAAUUUUGUCGAUUUGUUCUGCUUCGUUUUUAAUUUUUUUAAUUAUAAGGACUAACACCGAGAUGAUGGUACGGGAGGGAAAUUAACACGGUAGAGUUGAUUAAAUUAUUGCGAAGUUCGCGCGCUUAACGGAGUGCAAUGGUUCUCUUAUUAACUGCGGUUGAUGCGCGGAAAGUGGCACUAAACAAAACUAAUCGCACUGGUGGUGUAGAUGGUGGAUACUAGCAUUUUCUAUAGGUGUACGUAAAGAACAUUCCUUUCUUUGCCAUUUUUCCAGCGAUACCAAACCAAGCGCCUCAUAUUGGACACGAGUAGGAUGAUGCACCACAUUGUCUGUGUUGAAAUAAUAAAUCAACUGCAUUACUAAACUGCGAUGUGUUUGGUCUCC